AUGCAUAUUAUCCAAGCCGAAGCGAUUCAAGAUAUGAGAGCCGGAACUAUCCACAACCGCAAGGCCAGAGUUUCCCGAGAGGAGACGAAGCCGGAUCACGUGGAUACCCAUACGAUAGACAGGGAAGUGCAGCACAAAGAACGCCUGCAGGAGCUGGAGCUCAAUCAGACUGGCCGCCUAGAACUUCUGCUCAGGUAAGG